AAAAAAUAAUGAAGAGGAACCGCAGGAACUGUUGGUGUUUGGAUACAGCUGCAAAUUAUUUCGGGACGAUGAAAAGGCGAAAAUGAUUGAUCAUGGGAAGCAUUUGAUACCAUGGAUGGGAGAUAGCACGUUGAAGAUAGACAGGUCCGUUUUUGUAACCUAGAAUCCAUUAUACCGUCUAGGAUAUAAUUACUAUUAUUUUUCUUCUCGUUAACGCACCAGUACGUUUUAAACACGUAGAGAUAUACUCCACAAAGAUAAGAAGAUGGAGAAUGACAGCGAGAGAUUAAGACUCUACAAAUUCUUCAGAAUAAAUGAUGUCUGGGAGAUUAUGUUCUGGAUAAGAAAUCUGGAGACUGUUUAAGAUUUCUGCAGGUGUACAACGACGUUCGCGCAGGACGGCAGCGCGUUUUUGCGCCCCGUACCAGCGAACAAUAGGGUCUUUUGAGAAGCCGUAAAUGUCGCCGAGCGUCCCUCCAGCAAGAUACGAUGGACGCGGGGCACUGGCGGAUUUGCGGAGUCAUGAGCCGCCUCCUGGUGGCUUUGAUGCACGUACAAUUCUUACCGAGGAUGAACUCAAAGUUGAGCAGCUGUGUGAUGAGGAAAGAUAUCGUUCACUUUACAACAACGAUGCUGAAGAGUUAAUGUAUCAUGAAGAGGAAAUGAAAAGACUACAACAAGCUUUGGGAGGUGAUAAUACUUAUGGACAAGUUGCUUAUAAUUAUGAUGAAGAUAGUCAACCAGCUGGUACUGAGGAUUCGCAAAGUCCAAAACCUUCAGAAGGAUCUCAAGAAGAAGAAGAUCAAGCAUUUGUUUUACCUCCUGAGUUAGAAGCCCCGGAAGGAAUGAUAUUGCCUGAAACACAAAAGCUCAAUGCCAUUAUAACAAAGACUGCUCUCUUUAUAAGCCGCCAAGGAAGUCAAAUGGAAAUAUUAAUCAAAACAAAACAAGCUAAUAAUCCACAAUUUUCAUUCCUUUCCAUCGACGGUCCUUUGCAACCGUAUUAUAGAUUAGUACUUGAAGCAAUCAAAUCGGGAAAAUAUAAUCCAGAGAAACAACCUGAAAAAGAAGAAUCUCAAUCUGAGAACGAAUCUGAUGAAGAUAAUGAUGAACCAUAUUUGCAUCCUAGUCUUGCAUCGUCAUUGACAAAAGUUGAAGCGGCACCCAGUAUACCGAGUAUACACUACAAACCAUCAGCAGAUUGUGCAUAUUCGAUGCUGGUGAAUAAAAUUACUGGUAAGCCUCCACCUUCAAGACUUCCGCCUCCGCCACCACCACCACCACCACCAGAAGUUCCGGUGCAGCAGAUGCCUCCUGCAGGAUAUUAUACAUCAGCACCAGUACAAGGAUACAUGCCUUACCCUCCAGCACCUCAACAAUAUUCUCACGGUCCUGUAAUUUAUGGUACAAAUGGCCAAAUUCAAUCACCGCCAAGAAUACUAGUACCUGGAGUACUAGGAUCAAACGAUAAUACUCCAACACCAAUUAUUAAAGAACCCCCAGUACCUCUUGUACCUUAUGGUCCAACGCCACCUAAACCAUUAAGUAGACCAUCAUUUAUUGUUCCUCCUGCUGAUGUACAAAUAAUUAUUGACAAGAUGGCAAGUUAUGUUGCUAAAAAUGGUCGAGACUUUGAAGCAAUAGUCAAAGCAAAAGGUGAUCCUAGAUUUAAUUUCCUUGAACUUUCCCAUCAAUACCAUGGAUAUUAUGCUCAUAAAUUAACAAUAUAUGAAGGUGCUGUGAAUCCUAAAGUUUUAACUGAAGAAGAGUUAUUAAGAAGACAAGAACCACAAGAAGAAAAACAGAAAAAACUAGAAGAACUUCAAAAAAAACAGCAAAGAAUGGAAGAAGUUCAAAAGAGAGUUAAAAUGAUUCAAGCAAAGAAAAAAACUGAUAAGCAAAUUACAACUGUAUCAUUUUCUAUUAAAAAACCUAAGGAAGGUGAUGGAAAUAUAAUAGAAAAAAGAAAUCCACUGCUCAUUGAAGAAAGUGAUGAAGAAAUUGAAGAUGAAAAGAAAGAAAAUAAUUCUAAACCAAAUUCACCUCAAGUAAUUCUUGAAGAGAAUCGAUUUAUAAAACAAAGCCAUGAAGAAGAGUCAGACACGAACCCAAGAGAUACAAAUAAGGAGACAGAUGACAAAGAAUUGGUAGAUCUCACUGACGAUAUUCUUGAAAAUGGCCAAAAUCAUUUAAAAAGUAAAUUGUUAGAAGACAAAAUUAAAGAUAAACUCGCCGCGGCCGCUAGAGAUAAACUUGCGUCAAAUUCGCGCGAAAGACAACUUCAACUUGAAAGGAGGAAGAAAGCAGUGAUGUUUUUAAGUCAGAUACAAACACCGUCUUUGGUAAAGCAAAAUGCUGAUGUGAAAACAGAUAAUGAUGGUGAUGAAGUUCAUUCUAUUCCAUCUCCAUCUCUGAACGAGAUCGAUGAUUUACGAUCCGGUAACAAUUCAUUAAUGAAUAGAUUAAAAGGUGCAGAAAUUGCAGUGAAACGAUCAAGACCAAAAUCAGGGUCAAGAUCACGAUCAGCAUCAAGGUCUAGAAGUCGAAGUGGAAGCCAUAGUCACUCUGAUCGCCAUAGAGUUCACAAAAAACAUAAAAAAAAGAAGAGUUCUCAUAAGAGUAGUUAUGAUAGUCCAAGUUCAUCGAGAUCUCAAAAAAUAAAAAAAAGCAAAAAAUCAUUUUCUCGACACAGAUCUCGAUCACCUUCAAGAAAAUAUCAAAGUUCGAGACGUUCACGAAAUCAUAGUGAUUCUAAUGAUUCAGGCUCAAGUUCGUCGUGAAUGAAUUUUAAAUAAUGUUUAUAAUAAUAUUGAUACAAAGAAUUGUAUUUGUAAAUAUGAUUUGUUCAAAAGUGCUGAAUGAUUUUAUACUAUGUGAAGUCGUAAAUAAUGCCAAGUAUGUUGUUUGUUACCAUGUUUUAAAAGAUUGCAAUAGAUAAGUGAUGAGUUUAUCAAUAAAUUUUCCUAUCAUGUACGAAUAGA